UUUAGUUCAUUUCACAACAUAUAUAUUAGGAUACUAAAAGACUAAUUUUCUUCUCAUACAUUGUGUUAAGAAACUGAAAUUUUCUUGGAUAAUAUGAUGGAACUUCAAUUGGGGCUUGCUUUAUGUAGCAAUUCAGCAAAAGGGUGUAAUUUUGAUGACGUAAAAAUUGAGUCUUUGAGUGGAAAUUUCAAGUUGAACAACACCAAGAAAUGUAGCUCGAGUCAAGUUUUUGAUGUUGUAGAUGAAAAUGUUCAAGUUCUUCAAACUUUGCCUUUGCUUGUUUGGGACAAAGCUAAUGAUCACAAUGAACCUCAAAGAAAGGAUGGGGAUGAAGAAGGGGUGGUGGGGUGGCCACCGGUUAAUUCUUUGAGGAAGAAGCUCUGCCACCAUAUCCGCCGUACCGGCGGUGCAAUGAACUAUGUCACGGUGGAGAACGGCGGCGGUGGCGGUGGCAGUGGUGGUGGUGGCAGAAGAUCAAAUUCUAAGUACGUGAAAGUGAAAAUGGAAGGAGUUGGAAUAGCAAGAAAGAUUGACUUGAGUCUUUUUCAAUCUUAUGGGACACUCACUGACACCUUAAUUGCCAUGUUUGGAAAAAGUAAAGAAAAUGGUGAUACUUAUGAACUUACUUAUCAAGAUAACGAAGGUGAUUGGCUUCUUGCUGGUGAUGUACCCUGGAGAACUUUUGUCGUGUCAGUGCAGCGGCUAAAAUUGGUUAGAGAUGAAGAUUAUUGAUUAAUGGAACUACCUAAUGGAAUAUCUUAAUCUUCUCUUCCCUAUUUCUUUUAAUCUUUUAUGUUCUCUCUUUUACCUUUUGAUGUCUAGAAAAAUGUAUCUCAAAUAGAAUUUUUGACUAUUUUGUGUAGAUAUUUUGAAGAACUAUCUUAUGACGUACUCUUAAGUUCAACAAAAUCAAAAAAAAAGAGAGAAAUAGAUAUAGUCUAUGAUAGAAAUGCUAGACAGUUUUUCCCCAAAGAGAUAUUUUUUGCAGACAUUAACUUGUUUUA